AAAACGCAUUUCCCACCGCUUAGUACGCUGCCGAAGAAGACCUGAACGGUUUACCGCUUCGCAGGCCGCGUGCAAACAAACAAACAUCGCCUCCGUUGUGCUGAUUCUGCUAUCUUCCGUAUUUUAAAAAUCAUAAGAAAACAUGAUGAAAUUUGCAGCCGGUUUCUUCGUGGUCAGCUUGGUACAUUUUGUGUACGUGGCCACGGAAUCAGCAGAGGAAUGCGCUGCCAUUCGACAGCGUUGUUACGCCACCAUGGCACAGUUUCCCAACAUUUCCCUCGCCUGGCCGCCUCCAGGCGGUGGUACUUCUUCCAGCAUGCUCCAGGCCACCCCUGAUGGAGAUCGCUUUUGCAGUUAUUCCAACGCCACCGGAAGCUGCCUGCGGGAACUGCGAACACGCUGCCCGGCUUCCAACCUGACGCAGCAUGAGGCCAUACACGAAGGAUGGUACACGGUGGUGGUUAACGAGCUCAUGGGCAAGAUUUGCAAUCGUUUCAACCCAAUAAGGUUCUUAGCGGCUAAGAUGCACUGCGAUCGGCAAACCAAUACCCGGGACUUUACGGUGGAAGUGGUACUGGGUGAGAACAUCACCGAGUUUGUUGUCAAUGCCAACACCGAGGAGAAGGCGCAAGCCGCGUUAUGCCGAAAAGCACGAGAGUUUUUGCGCAUUGGAGAUCCUAAAAGCAAAACCGCAAACCCAAAGUAUACAGAUUUGGUGGCAAAAUGCGGGCAGGAUGCCAUUGGCACUCUGGAAGACGGCAUGGAGUGGACGCUGAUCGGACGUCUUGUCCACUGUCAAGAAGGACACUGAGUAGCACGUUUUCGAAAUUAAUUACAGAAGCGGUCAAUGUACUUGUGUACCAGUUAUUCUAAUACAAACACCUUCAUGGGUAUUAGCACUUCGGUCAAUGAAUAUUUAUUGCCCCAAUUCAAAUUAUACAUACGUAAUAAUGUUCUUAGCAGAAUCUUUCCUGCUUUUCGCUAUGUAACGCAUUCUGUACAUGUGGUAUCGUGUAUUCCGGCAUAAUCCUCAUUCGAUAACAUUGUCACAUCUUAUCGGUGUUAUGAGUGUCCACAGCAUGUACCUAGAAGUGUAAACCGAUAUCAUUAAAUUUCACCUGACACAG